AUGUCGAAGAAUUAUAGCAAUGAUUACGUUGAAGGAACUCCUAAAUUAUUAAAAUUUGCACAUUUACAUUCUACUACACGUCGAAUAUUCAUUGUCACAAAAGAUUCGUUGGGCCCUUCAAAUCUUGAUCCACUUGAUCUUUCUUUACCUAAAACUGAAAUUUUAAGUAAUGAUGAAAUAGAAGUUGAAAAAAAAGGGUUUGUUAUGGACGAUGAGACAUUUCAUUUUGAAAAUGAGACCAAAACUAUUAAGGACAAUUCGUCAAAAAAUAUUUUUCAAAGCAAAACUAGUUGUGAUAAUAUUACAUUGCAAGACCUUAAUAAUUAUAGUACAGAAGGAUCUGGUGCUUUUAGUGAACGCAAUCAAAAUUCAUCAGGAAGCUAUUUUUCUCCUAUCAGUGAAUUAUACACGACUCCAACAGAGGAGACCAACAUGUAUCCUAUUACGCCACCACAUAAUAAUCAUUCACAUCUUGAAAAGUUACCGCCACAUUUAUAUAUGCCUCCAACAGUUAUUAAUGAUGAUAAUGAUAUAGCUGUGCAAAAUGAAAAACAAUCUUACAAAAACAAUAAUAAUAUUUCAACUUCAUCCAGUUCAACUUCAUCAUCUAAAAUUAUUGUUGAUCCAGAAAAUGAGAAUGAUUCAAAUGAAAUUAAUGAACAUUGCGAUGAUGCUCAACCUUUACCAGAUGUUCAUGAUUUUGAUCCUCAAACCAUAAUAAAGGAGGGUUGUAUGCUAGUGAAGAUUGAAAGAACAAAUGGUUCAUUAACUUACAUUCAAGAGCCAAAAAAACAUCAUUUAAAAAGCCAUGUAGAAUGGAGAGAAUAUAUUGUUAUAUUACGACCAGGAAUAUUAGAACUUUAUAAAAAUAAACAAAAAAAACAUGUUGACAAAAUUCAACUUAACAACUUUACUAGAAUGUCACUUUAUUCAACUAUUGACUACACAAUAGCUAUUACUCAAAAAUUAAAUGAUGGAACGAAAAUAUUUUAUCUAUGCCCCAAAACUUAUCCAAUUUGUAACGAGUGGUAUCAAGCACUUCAUAAUUUUCUUCCAAAGGGUUCUAAAAAAGAAAAACCGAAUGUAUGUGAAGUUGUCGUUCCUGAUUUUGUAGUUGAGAUAAGUAUUCCUUUAGAAGAUGAAGAAGGAAUGGUACAUUCUUUAACACCAAAAAAAAUAAUAAAAACUGUAUUAGAUGAAUUGAAAGGCAUAGUUGAAUGGAAAGAUGUAUUGGAUGAAUGGUUAAGAAGGACCGAGUUAAAGUUAUGUUGGAAAAGAUACGAUAGAUUAGAAUGGAUUUAUAAAGAAGAAAAUCAAUUUAAUAUAUUAACAUGCACACAGUUUAUUGAAAGGGGUAAAACUAUUAGGUCAAAAAAAUUAUAUUUUUCCUCACAUAAUCAUCACUUAUUUUACAUGAUACCAUUUUCGACAAGUCAACCACAAGCACCUGUGAUGGAAUCAAAUGAAAGUAGUAGCAAUAAUACUCAACCACUUACUUAUGCUGUCACUCCUCAUCUUGAUGAAAAUUUUGAAAAUAGAGAUUUGUUUAUUGAAGAAGAUAUGAAAAGACGAAUCAAACAAAUAGUUUGCGGCAAAGGAUUUAUUGAUUUGAUGGAAGUUGUUGAAGCAAAUGAAGAAAGUAAUAAUAUUUCGCCACCACCGAAAGAAACUGAUGAUUAUUAUGAAAGUGAAGGUUCACCUUUUGAAUUAAUAUUAAAGAAUGGAAGAUCUAUAAAGUUAAAAACAUAUUCUAAUUGGACUCGAGAUGAAUGGAUGAAACGGCUUGAUGCUCUUAUUAUUUAUUGGAAGGCAAGAAUGUCAUCUGAUAUACAAGCACGAGCUAACACAUUAAAAGAAAGUCAAGGCAAAAAUCCAGGGUGUGAUGAUAAUAGAGGUUUUUUUGAUGAUAAUCUUCAACAUAACUGGGAAUUAUUUAAUCAAUAUAUUGAUCCAAGUAUAUGGAAUUGGUGUACUUUGGAUAGAUGUCGUGGAAUCACGAAAUCAGGAAUUUUGUAUCAUAAAUCCCAUUUAUAUGGCACAUUCAAAAAAUAUUAUUAUGUUCUUACAAAAGGUCACCUAAUAUAUUAUAAAUUUUAUACUUAUUCAACUUCUGGGAAAUGUGUUCGAAGUAGUUAUCAUAAAAUUGCAGGUGUUAUACAUUUAGAAGAUUGUUAUAUUUAUUCUGGUGAGAUUACAGAAAAUGAUCUGUUGUAUUCAAGUUUAGUAAGAUAUGAUAAUGCUGCUACAGUUGAUGUGUUGCCAAGAAUAUAUUCAGAUGGAAUGUGUUGUUAUGAUGAUGAUAAAGAAUGUACAUUUGUAAUUUGGGAAGGAGAAAAAAGAUAUUAUUUUAGCAAAAAUGGAAAAUUCAUAUCUUUAAAAAAGAAAAAAAUGCUUGAUACAGGAAAAACAUGGGUUUUUAGAGCAAGAAGUAGACUUGAAUGCGAGGAAUGGGUUUGGGCAUUUAAGGUUGAAAUUGAAAGAUAUUGGAAAGAACAAUGUACAUUGAGACCAAUGAGUUUUAUUAUUGUAGAUGCGCCAAAUAAUUUAGAUUUAGAAGCUUAUAUUGCAAACUAUACAGGACACACAAAAGUAGAUCGAUUACUUUUUAUUGCAUCAAGAUGUCUAGCACUACAGAUUGACGCAUAUAAGCUUGCAAUACAAGAACUUAGAAACUCUUUGGAUACAAAUCAAUAUCUUUAUGCAGCCUCGAAAUUUAAUGAAGUUUUAGCAUCGAGAGGACUUCUUUUGUAUCAGGUUGAUAGUUCAUGGGUUGAUUCAACACAAAAACUUGCAAAACAACGAUUGGAAAAAAUGGAAUUGGAAUUGAAGAAUUAUAAGAAUAACUUGAUUAAAGAGAGUAUAAGAAUGGGACAUAAUGAUCUUGGAGACCAUCAUUAUAGAUGUGGAAAUUUGAAAAAUGCAUUAAAAAGUUAUUCUAGGACUAGGGAUUAUUGUACAACAGCUAAACAUGUUAUAGACAUGUGUUUAAAUGUCAUCAAGGUUUCUAUUGAACUUGAUAAUUUUUCACAUGUUCAUAGUUAUGUUAUUAAAGCAGAGUCAACGCCUGACAUUCAACCGGCAGUACAAGCAAAACUUAAAGUAGCGGCAGCAUUGGCUAAUCUUGAUAAUUGCAAAUACAAACAUGCAGCAAGAUCAUUUUUAGAAACAAGUUUUGAAAUAGCCAGUGGACCAAAUAAUUAUUCGGAGGUAAUUUCACCAAAUGAUAUUGCAGUGUAUGGUGGAUUAUGUGCUCUUGCAUCAUUUGAGCGAGCCGAGUUAAAAAGCAAAGUGAUUGAUAACACCGAGUUUAAACAAUUCUUGGAGCUUGAACCACAUAUUCGAGAACUUAUUAAUAGUUUUUAUAAUUCUAAAUAUGCUGUCGUAUUGGAUAUUUUAGAAAGAUGGAAGAAUGAUUAUUUGCUUGAUAUUCAUUUGCAUUAUCAUGUUGAGACACUUUAUGACGAGAUUAGGAAGAAGGCGUUAGUACAAUAUUUCAGCCCAUUUCUUACUAUUGAUAUGAACAAAAUGGCCAAAUCUUUUGUGACUAAUGUUACAAGGUUAGAAAAAGAACUUGCCAAAUUAAUUACCGAGAACAAGAUUCAAGCAAGAAUAGAUAGUCAUAAAAAGAUUUUGUGUGCUAAACAACAAGAUCAACGAAGUGGAAUAUUUUAUAAAUCUUUGAAAAUGGGUAAAGAAUUUGAAGAAAGCACCAAUGCAAUGUUACUUCGUAUGAAUUUAUUGAAAGCAAAUCUUGUCAUACAAACUAAUCACCACCAUCACAAGUAA